AUGUAUCAUCAUACUGGUCUCCAGGUGGAGCUAGCACGGUAUGUGCGUCUUAGUGUGACAUUACAGCUGUCAGGGGGCGACACCGUAUGCUUACGAGUAGAAGUCUACGGUUGUACAACUGAGGUCAUACCUUUGACUGAUAUACAAGCUGUAACAACGCCAGAAGGUCAAAUCCACGUCAAGUGGAACCUACCGUCUGUUGUCACUGUUCUUGACCCAGCUUCUACCCAGACGAUUGUCAGUUACUUGCGACCCGAGAAAUACGUAACAUAUUACAAUUUAGAAAACAACGCCAUGACCAAGAACAUUUCGUCCAUCACUAGAGAAGUUUUGGCAGAGAACACGUUGCUGGGUACAACAUACAACAUAUCCCUGAUUUGUGUGAUGGAUGACAUUAAUAUAUCAUGCCGUUCCACAGAAAUCACUGCUUAUCUUCCUUGUGAAGAUGGAUGGAUAAAUUUCCAAAAUCAGUGUUUCCAGUUAAUGGAAACAGCGACCUCUGCUGGACAAGCUGCAAAUUCUUUUAUGUAG